AUGUCAGGGGGUCCUAUUUCCAACCUUUCUGCUGGCCUUAAGUCAGUAACGCUUUCAGAUCAACAGCAAAAUGAGGUGAAUCUUCUGCUUCUACAGCAACAACUCCACAACGAGGCAACCACACAGCAACAGCAGUCAAGAAUCACACAGUUCUUUGAAAACCAACCCACCGAGGGGUACACUCUUUUCUCGCACAGAUCAGCUCCCAAUGGAUUCAAAGUUGCAAUAAUAUUAUCCGAGUUGAACUUACCGUUCAAUACCAUCUUCCUCGACUUCAAUAACGGCGAGCAAAGGGCUCCCGAGUUCGUCACCAUAAAUCCAAACGCUAGAGUACCUGCACUCAUUGAUCAUUUCAAAGAAAAUACCUCGAUAUGGGAAUCUGGUGCUAUUAUAUUGUAUUUGGUGUCGAAAUACCUCAAUGAAAACGGUGAAUGUAGUCUUUGGUCAGAUAACUUAGUAGAACAAUCGCAGAUUUCGUCAUGGUUGUUCUUCCAAACCUCGGGGCAUGCUCCCAUGAUAGGUCAAGCAUUGCAUUUCAGAUAUUUCCAUUCUUCCCCUGUGCCCAGUGCUGUUGAAAGAUACACCGACGAAGUGAGAAGAGUAUAUGGAGUUAUUGAAAUGGCGUUGGCUGAGAGAAGGGAAGCUUUAAUCAUGGACUUGGAUGUAGAGAACGCUGCUGCGUAUAGUGCCGGUACCACGCCAUUGUCACAAUCAAGAUACUUUGAGUACCCGGUAUGGCUAGUAGGUGACAGGGCCACCGUUGCGGAUUUAUCCUUCGUGCCUUGGAAUAACGUAGUGGACAGAAUCGGAAUAAAUCUAAAGGUAGAGUUUCCUGAAGUCUAUAAAUGGACGAAGUACAUGAUGAGGAGACCGGCUGUCAUCAGAGCAUUGAGGGGAGACUAG